UAGAAAUCCAGAACGCAGAGCUCGUACCCGGCAGAUUUCCCUUCACGCAAACUUUCCUCAGACCCAUUUUGUCCAAGGUCUAGCCCUAAUUUUUAUUUCUACCCCCUCAUUUCCCUCAUAUUUACCACCCUCUCCAUGUUCUCUUCAAAUCCUUGUUCUUGUUUGGGAAUUGGGGUUUAAGGGGCUGUUGGUUUCUCAGAUCUACGCUUUAAUUAGCAUUUAUUUUCGUAUUCGUCGCCUUUUUCUGUUACUUAUCGGUCAUAGUUUUACUUGUUGAGCUUGAACUCGACGAAAGGUAUCAAGUAAAUUCUUCUAAUGGCUGGUCAGAGGAAUUCUUAUGGUAAGCGAACAAAUUCUCAGUCUGACUAUUCUGACAAUGGAGGAAAUAAAAGGAGAAAUCCUGGUGAUGAUAGAGACCAAUUUGUUAUAGAUUCAGAAGAUACUGUGUACCGGUAUUUGUGCCCUGUAAGAAAGAUUGGAAGUGUUAUCGGUAGGGGAGGGGAAAUUGUCAAGCAGUUGAGAGCAGACACUAAGUCGAAGAUUAGGAUUGGUGAGACAGUGCCUGGCUGUGAGGAGCGUGUUGUUACAAUCUACAGCUCCAGUGAUGAGACUAAUUCCCUUGAAGACAGUGGUAAUUAUGUUUGUCCCGCUCAGGAUGCUCUUUACAAGGUGCAUGACAGAGUUGUUGCUGAAGAUUUGCAUGGUGAUGAGGAAUCUGAUGGAGGUCACCAGGUUACUGCUCGGCUUCUUGUUCCAUCCGAUCAGAUUGGUUGUGUCAUUGGAAAAGGUGGACAGAUAGUUCAGAAUAUUCGUGGCGAGACUGGAGCCCAAAUUCGCAUUCUUAAGGAUGAACAUUUGCCCCCUUGUGCCUUGAACUCCGAUGAGCUUGUACAGAUAACUGGGGAAGCCCCAGUGGUGAAAAAGGCCCUGUCUCAAAUUGCAUCUCGCCUUCAUGAUAACCCAUCACGAUCUCAGCAUUUGCUUACUUCUUCUGUGCCCAAUGUGUACGCAUCUGGUGGUUCCCUUAUGGGUCCAACUGGUGGUGCCCCGAUUGUGGGCAUAGCUCCACUGAUGGGUCCUUAUGGAGGAUACAAGGGUGAUACUGGAGACUGGUCACGCUCCUUAUACUCUGCUCCAAGGGAUGAAGCAUCUUCAAAAGAAUUUUCUCUUCGUAUAGUUUGUCCUACUGGCAAUAUUGGAGGUGUGAUUGGCAAGGGUGGUGUUAUAAUCAAUCAGAUCAGACAAGAAUCUGGGGCAGUCAUUAAAGUUGAUAGUUCUGCCGCUGAAGGAGAUGAUUGCUUAAUAACUAUUUCAGCCAAGGAGUUUUUUGAAGACUCAUAUUCUCCAACGAUAGAAGCAGCUGUGCGAUUGCAACCCAGGUGCAGUGAGAAAGUUGAAAGAGACUCAGGAAUUAUCUCAUUCACAACUCGCCUACUUGUGCCAACUUCACGAAUUGGCUGCCUUAUUGGUAAAGGAGGAGCUAUUGUAACAGAGAUGAGGAGACUCACCAAAGCUAAUAUCCGCAUACUCUCAAAGGAGAACCUUCCCAAAGUUGCGUCUGAAGAUGAUGAGAUGGUGCAGAUUGCUGGAGACCUUGAUGUUGCCAAGGAUGCUCUUAUGCAAGUUGUCACACGGUUGAGAGCAAAUCUUUUUGAUAGGGAGGGUGCAGUGUCUACGUUUCUUCCUGUUCUGCCUUAUCUGCCUGUGUCAGCAGAUGGUUCUGAUGGUUUCAACUAUGAAAGUAGAGAUAGUAAAAGACAUGGACGUGGGCAUUCUUAUUCUGGCACUUAUGGUGGCUCAAGUGAUUUGGCAGCUGCUGACGGUUAUGGAAGUUAUGGUGGCUCACAGAUUGGAGGUAGUGGCAGUGCUUAUGGAGCUUAUGGAGGUCAUCCUCCUUCGGGACGUACUAGUAAUACUGGCAGGAUGUCAGGACAGACCCCUGUUUCUCGUCGGAGAAACUAUGGUUACUAGAGUUUGUUGGUGGGUACCUGCAGCUGAGAUCUGUGAAGCCUGAAGCCAAGCCUACUGCCUAAACCGGAAGACCAGAUGAACCAGGGUUUGACAUAUGGCCUACCUUGACGCUUCUACAUAGAGUGGAGAUCUUCUACACAUUUAGAAUUGCCAUGUCCAUGACACCAAAUUUACCAAGCUUAAUAUCUUGUGCACCCAAGAACCUACAUGUCCGGAUUGCCUUUAUUGCUGCUUUUUGUUCCAGUUCACAUUUCUUUAAACUAAAAACCUUGUUGCUUCCAGCCUUUAGUUGUAUUAGUGUUGGAAUUUAUAUCUGACAGUUCUCAGCUAUGUAGUCUGAUCUUUUGUGGCUGUUUGAAUAACCUGGAAUUAAGUUGAUCAUCUGAAACUAAACCAAUUAUACCAGGAACUCUCAUGUUAUCGCAAUUUCAGUAUUGAUAUUGAUCCUCGUGCCAUCUAAAAGCAGAUAUCAAUGCGCUGCUUUUUUCGGCUUCAUAACCUAGUAGUUGUGAUAUCCAUAUGUAUCUGUGAAAGUUUAACUUUGAGGAAUCCGAUUGAAAGUGAGAAAGCUGUGUUUAUUUGAUGUUUGUUUUCAUGA